AUGGCGGAGACGCUGCCCUCCCCGUUCCACACGCAGGAGGAUUCUGCAAUCCUGGUCGACGAGCCGAUCGCGCGGCCCAGAUGCACCCUGCUGGAGCUGCCAGGCUUCAGGUCGAUGGAGGUGAACCGGUCGACGCCGCGGCGGGAAGCGCGGCCUCCGGGCAUGGGCGGUAUCGAAGAGGACAGGUACCGGUCGCUGGAGGCGCUGUGGGACGCCAGAUGGGGUCUGGCGAUCCACGCAACCGGUCGCGGCUCAAUCACGCAGACUGCCUGUCAUACCGGUGCGUCUCCGGGCUUCAUCAGGCGGCUGUCCGAUCGGCUGUGGCUGUGGCGACUGGCGCCGGCGGCGGGCGCCUGCAAUCGCGGGCCCGAUGCCGUCCAGCGACGAGAGCAGUUCAGAACGGAUGGUGGGAAGGCGGAUGCGGAGAAGGGUUGCCAAAAUUCCCAUUCGGAGUUGGGGGUGGAUGUGCAGAGCAGCCUGGAAUCGCUGCCGGGGUUCCGUUCCGGCGGGAUCGCCAGGGAGGCCAGCCGAGGGGCGGGACCGGGGUCCGAUGCCUCGGAGUCGUGCGGCGGCAGCGGCAGCUGGGCCGGCGGCCGGGCGCCCUCCAGCGCCAUGUCAAUGACGUCCAGCGGAUCAUCCGGCCUGGCGUCGCUGGGAGAGUGGGAGGAGAGGCGGGGCCUGGCGUGCGGGGGCACGGGCGAACCGCCGUGCGAUUCGGCAUCGGACGCCGGGACGCCUAUCAAGGGGGAGAGGGCUGGGGAGGGCGGGGGCGGGACUGCGCAGGAGGAAAAGAUGCGGGGGCGGGCGAAGGCGCCAGAUUACGAGGCGGUGAAGGAGAGGUGGGAGAGGGCGUGGCACGGGAGCGAGGAGCCGGGAGAAAGCCAACCCCGCAUCCAAGCCUCUGGGAGCUUCGGUGCCCUGCAGAAGUCAUUCAAAGCCAUCAGGUCAUUUGUGGAUGAUGGUCUGGGCCUGUUGUUGCGCAAGAUGCCGUCAAAAGCAGAGUCGACCGAGAGCCAUGGCAGCCAUAAACAAAAACCAUUCAUGCCAGCGCCGUUGCACCCCGUCAGUUCAGCUCACAAGAUCCACUCAAAUGUUUAUGACGACUGA